GCCCUACUGAAGGACGCCAACACCCACGGCGAGCAGCUGGUCAGUCUGGAAGCUUUGGCCACUCGCCUGAAGGAUUUCAGCCGCAAGCAGGACGGGGCGGUCAUCCAGAACCUGGUGCUGGCGGCGCGAGAACGGCUGGGCAAGGUCCUGCAGCGAGCGGCCGAGCGCGGGGCCGCGCUGGAAGAGGCCCGAAAACGCAGCAAACAGUUCAGCGAAUCGCGGCGGCUGCUCCUGGACUGGAUGGACGAGGUGGAGCAGAGCCUGGAGGAGCCGCAGGACGCUGCCACCAGCCAGGAGGAGAUCAAGUGCCAGCUGGCUGAGCACAAGUCGUUCCAGAAGGAGCUGGGCAAACGCGCCAGCUGCAUCAAAACCCUGAAGCGCUCGGUGCGCGAUCUGACGAGCGGCAGCAGCAGCGUGGACUCGCAGUGGCUGCAGCGGCAGAUGGAGGAGCUGAGCACCCGCUGGGACCUGGUCUGCAAACUGUCCCUGUCCAAGCAAGCCCGGCUGGAGAGCGCCCUGCGCCAGGCGCGGCUGGAGAGCGCCCUGCGCCAGGCGCGGCUGGAGAGCGCCCUGCGCCAG